AUGGGCACUCUGACAGGUCUGCAGCUAAGCAGCAGGAUCACUUUCUACGAGGAAAGGAACUUUGGCGGUCGCCACUAUGAGUGUAGCAGCGACUGUGCCGAUUUCAGCUCCUACCUGAGCCGCUGCAACUCCUGCAGGGUGGAGAGCGGAUGCUGGAUGGUUUAUGACCGCUCCAACUACAUGGGGAACCAGUACUUCCUGAGGAGGGGCGAGUACUCUGACUACUCUCGCUGGGGCAUGUUCGACGGAAUCCGCUCCUGCCGUAUGAUCCCCAUGUACAGAGGAAACUACAGGAUGAGGAUGUAUGAGAGGGAGAACUUUGGUGGUCAGAUGUACGAGUGCAUGGAUGACUGUGACUCCAUCAUGGACCGUUACCGCAUGUCUGAGUGCCAUUCCUGCCAUGUGAUGGACGGCCACUGGCUGUUCUACGAGCAGCCCCACUACAGAGGCAGGAUGUGGUACAUGAGGCCUGGGGAGUACAGGAACUUCAGAGACAUGGGAUACCCGAACAUGAGAUUCAUGUCCAUGAGGCGCAUCAUGGAUUCCUAUUAUUAA